UUGAAAAACGGGCUCCUCCUUCGCUACAAUGGGGGAGAGGGUUAAAUAUCCCACACUGAGCAGGCCACCAGUAAUCAGACUGGUUUGAAUAAACCUGGAGAGGAGACCCGGGGCACGGUGUUCAGUCUCUUUUCGGCCGCCUCGCACCUGCCUCUUCACCGAUGUUCGUGCGGUGGUUGCUGCCUGUGCUCUGUGCUCUGUCCGCAGAGGCAGACUUCUUCCAGUUCGACAGCAUCUCCAAUGUGUCCACCUACUAUUUUAAUUAUAUUUAUUGCAACAUAUGGGAGGGGGAGUGUCAGCCCCACCAAGACGAUGCCACACAGCAAGUUCCUACCAGGGAUCUCUGGGCAGGUUUUCCUCAGGACUACAUCAGCCUGCUGCAUCAGUGGUACUGUAGCCUGGGCCAGUGCUGUGAAUCUGGAGACUGCAGGAUAACCAACAACAUCACAGGUCUUUCGAGGGACCUCCAGACAAAGCUCCACGGGCAGCACCUGGCUCAGUCUGUGGUUCUGAAAGCCAUCCAGGGUUUCAUCAACAACCCGGAGUCCAACAAGCCGCUGACGCUCUCCUUCCACGGCUGGUCCGGCACUGGCAAGAACUUUGUGGCCCGGAUCAUUGCAGAUAACCUGUAUCGUGACGGGGUGAAGAGCGAGUGUGUCCGACUGUUCAUCGCCCCGUUUCACUUCCCGCAUGCCAGACUGGUGGACACGUACAAGGGCCAGCUGAGAGAGGCGAUCCGGGACAUGGUGUUGCGCUGCCCUCAGACUCUCUUCAUUUUCGACGAGGCUGAGAAGCUUCACCCAGGCCUCAUCGACGCCAUCAAACCCUACAUGGAUCACUAUGACAACGUAGAUGGCGUCAGCUACCGCAGAGCCAUCUUUCUCUUCCUCAGUAACAUUGGCGGGGCAACGAUCAACGAUGUAGCGCUGGACUUCUGGCACUCGGGUCAAAAUCGAGAGGACAUCGGUAUGGAAGACUUGGAGCAUCGGCUACGAGCUGAAACUAUGGAGUCUCAUGGUGGGUUUGCUCAGAGUGAACUGAUGUCUGGCCACUUGAUCGACUUCUUUGUGCCGUUCCUGCCUCUGGAGUACCGCCAUGUCAAGCUCUGUGCACGGGACGCCUACGCAGCGCGAGGUCUGGAGACAGAUGAAGCUACGCUGGAUGAGGUUGCCAAGGCGAUGCUGUAUGUCCCCAAAGAGGAACGACUGUUCUCAGCCCAGGGAUGCAAGUCCAUACCCCAGAGGAUCAACUUCUUUCUCCCGUAGAAGGAGACACAGACAGACAGAGAGACCUGGAGGAGGUGUGAGAUUGCUUUACCAGCCCAUCUGCAUACAGAGCCACAGAGGAGACGUGUCUUCUCUGCUCCGCUCUACGUACUCUCCCCCUACAGAUCGUGUCUGUCCAGGUCCCUCAGAGAAGGCCAGACAGCAGGGCUGAUCCGGUAUGAGAGGGGAAAGCAGCACGACCCACCCUGAAGACAUGAGAAGUGCCAGACGGUCAUCCUGUGCAGUGUGGCUGCUCCUCUACACCUGCCCGGCCUGAAUCCUCACAGUAUUAAGACGAAGAAUUAAACAGUUUGAGUGGUUGUGCAGUGUUAGUCAUAGAGAGAUACUGAGACAUAUUUUGUCACACUAUUUAUAUCUGUCCACCUCAGCCAAAAUCCUGCACUGUUUUUUUAAAGUUCAUACGUCAUGUGUUCGUAUUUGCAUGUCAGACAUUGUGUUUAUAUCAGCACUGUUUAUUUAUUGACGUCAUUUGUGCCAUAUUUGAGCAUCUAAAUGCAACAGAUUAUUUUUUGUGGAGUUGUCUGAAUGCACAUUGGUGGUACUGUAAGGUUUUGGUCAAUAUUAAUGGCACUAGUGUGAACAGCAUGGAGUGUGAACAGCAUGGAGUGUGUAACAGCGGACGUACAUGCUACUGUGAUGCAAAUGUUACUUGAAACUGUUAGUGGAAACUGUGUGAGAGUACAGGUGUCCAAAGCAAUGCAUUUAUUUGAUGGUUUUAUUUUUUAUGUGUAAAUAUUUUUAGUAACAGUGCUUUUAAUAAUUUAUUUUUUAUUGUCCGUAAUUUCAUUGUUUCAUAUGAUCCUGUUACAUGUCCUGGUGGCGUCAUCUUUACGUAAUAUAUUGCUGUUGAUUUAGGGCAUAGUUAAGAAAUGUAAUUUUAUUCACUGACUUGAUUUAAUGCUUUCAUUCACGCAUUUCACAUCCUCUCACACAGAGAUUGGCAGUUUUAGUGAUUUGAGUGCCAAAACUCAGGGUCACAUAACAAGAAGAACGUGAAAAGAAAUGUCAGAAACGGUUUUAAGAAAAUAAA